AUGCCAUCCAACAAGUCGGUGUCUGACGCUCCCAUCACUCAGUUUGUCAACUGCAGAAUACUGAAAGACCACAAACUGCAGAGGUAACCCUAAAAGACACUCUGCAUACUCAAUAUUGUCACAGUUCAAACUGAGGUGUGUAUGAGUCUGUGAGUUAUUUGUUUGUAUGUGUGCAGAGAGGACCUCUGGGUGCGUGAGGGGAAGAUUUUAGACCCAGAGAAGCUGUUCUUUGAUGAGCAGGGAUAUGCCGAUGAAUGUGUGGACUGUGAAGGCAGCAUCAUCGCGCCAGGAUUCAUAGAUGUCCAGAUCAAUGGUAACACUUUCAAACACACUUGUCCUCAUUGCUGUGAUCCACAUCAUGAUCCUGUUGGGCUUUCUUUUAAGCUUUUUUAAGGAGCUGCUUCAAACCUGAACACUCUGUCAAAUAGUGAAUGGAUUCUUGACUGCAUCUAAUAUACAAUUAGUUGAUUCAUUCGCAACAGGCUAGCAGCAUGACCAGGUACUAAAAGGGCUGUCCAGAGAGGCUGUGUCUCUGAGGCGUAUAAUGGGAAAAGGCUGACCACUUUGUGAGAGGCUGGGUGAGGAAAAAGUUCAGCAGUUUCAGACUGAAGGUUCUGAAUAGGAUUUCAUCAGCUAUAGUACACAAGAGAAUCUGUGUACAAAAUGGACAUAAUCAAUGACUUAUAAUGGAUGGUCAUGAAUUAAACAAAAAAAACAGGCAUGACUCUGCAGUGGAAAUCACCACGAGCCCAAAAUGUCAUCUGAAAAUCAAUGUUUGUGUGUUUAUUGCUGCAUCCACAAAUGCAGGUUAAAACCACACCACGCUGAGAGGAAACCAUGAAUAAACAUAAUCUAAAAAUGCUGGCAGCUUUUCUAAACCAUAGCUUCUAGUUUUGGCGGGAAUGUAAUCACAGCCUCUCUCUUCUCCAGGAGGAUAUGGCAUUGACUUCUCUCAAGCCUCUGAGGACGUCAGCAGUGGGGUUUCUUUCGUGGCCCAGAAGAUCCUGGAGCAUGGCGUGACGUCUUUCUGCCCCACUCUGGUUACCUCACCCCCUGCUGUCUACCACAAGGUAACCUUUGCUUUUAUUAUCAAACUUCAAGCCAAGUGUGCCAAGGCCCUUUCUCCUCUGUUAGUCAACAAGAGGAGACAAAAGGUUCUGGAUACAUGAGUUUGUGGAGGUUCAGUGGAUGUUUGAGGAAAACAGCAGGAGAACAAUUCAAGCAGAAAAAUGAUUUCAAGAAGUUUAAGUCUUACAUAAAUAUUUUGAUAAUAUUGUAAUUGUGAUAUUUUACUGCCACGAUAAUUAUGAGAUGAAAAUCAGAUGUUGUGACAGCUCCAAUAUCAACAUCUUGUGUUUUAAUGUAAGUGAUAAUACCAACUGUAGAGGCCGUGAGCUGAAAACGAUGGCUUGUUACCAGCUCAACAUGGAGCAAAUGAUAAAAAUGACGAAUGUGACGAUGAAGUUCAUACUUAGAACAUUUAAACCAUUCAUAAAUUGAUGUGUUUCCCUGAUGCAACUACAAACAACAAAAAAAUUUGUCAAUUUUCUGUUCUUCGUGCAGCUGUAAAAAAUCUCUCAGCUUCUCAAAGUUGUUUUGAACUGAGUUUUGAAGUUUUUAAAAUGUAAUUUUGAACUUUUUCUGACUUUGUAUUGAUAUUUUUGAGAUGAAUCUUGUUGUAAAAAUGUGUAUUUCAGGUUUUGCCUCAGGUCAAAGUUCAUAAUGGAGGAAAACAUGGAGCUGGAGUUCUUGGUAAGAUUACAAUCCCUUUAUAAAACUACAAAUCAAGCUGAAGGCCUCUGAGAGUCUGAACUGAAGAUGUCUGACUAUAUUAGCAAUUAUCACACCCAGAUAAAAGUUAACAAAGCCAACCGAACAUUUUUUGUGUGUAACUGUUGAUUUGAUUCCUUGAGUAAGAUGUUUUUCUUGUCACCAUGUUGGUUUUCUGUUGCUAAAAGUGACUACUUUAGUGACUAAAGAGUGCAAAUCUGGAGAAGAGGAGGGUGUUAGCAAGGUAAAUCUCUUUAUACCAUAUUUUUCGCACUGUACGGCGCACCUGAUUAUAAGGCGCACCAUCAAUGAACGUGUCUAUUUGCGUCUAUUUUCAUACAUAAGGGGCACUGGAUUAUAAAGCGCAUUAAGCCAAACAAAGUGCUCCGACAAGCCAUUAGGCUGUGCGGCUUUCUAGUUUACCGAAGUCGUAAUAAAACAUUUUGACAGAUUUUUUAGUGCUGUGUACCACAUAAAAUCGGUUCGAGGACAGUAAGCACAACCAGAAUUCAUACAUAAGGCACACCUUAUGAGGUGCACUGAGGAUUUUUGAGAAAAUUAAAGGAUUUUAGGUGUGCCUUAUCGUGCAAAAAUACGGUAAAUGUAGUUUUGGCCUCAAUUUUAUCCUACUCUGAGCUGUAAACACAAAAUAGUUUAGUGUAAAUGACAAUGGGUUUUUCAAGCACUCAAGGGAACAGUUAGGCUAGCUUGUUUAGUGAGGAUCUUUUGUAGUUAGCUGUGGUCGUGGAAUAAAUUGUUGUGCUGAUUUUUUGUUGGUGUACUCAAAACUUUAAACAGAGACACCUUAAGACCUACAAAGCUUAGUCUCUAAGUAUACUCUGCCUGCUCAGCUGUGUGUUACUCAGAAUCUAGUGAAUGAUCAACCUUCUGUAUUGAUAAAAAAAAGUCACACUUGAGGUUAAGACCUCAGGACAGCUCCUUAAGUAAAGUUUGUAGUUUUUAUUGAACAACAAGGUGGGAAUAGUGCAUUUAAUUUGGACUAUUUUCAGCAGUGGAUGAAUCCUAAUUAGAACAAACUACAGUGUGUGAGCUCAUGUUAAUGUAGUUCGAUCUGCUCCAUAAAGGCUUCCACUUGGAGGGUCCGUUCAUCAGCACAGAGAAAAAAGGAGCUCAUCCAGAGAAGUUUCUCCGGACUUUCCAGAAUGAUGGUCUCCAGGAUGUGAUGGAAGCCUAUGGCAGCCUGGACAACGUCGCCAUGGUGACGCUGGCUCCUGAGCUUGCCAGAAGCCGAUCGGUGGUGAGGGAGCUUUCCCAGAUGGGUGUUACUGUGUCUUUAGGUGAGUAGAGUUUACUCCAAACAGACCCUGAUGAAGCUUUAUGAUCUGACUCUUAAACAGAGACCUUCUGUUUUCUUCAUUUAGGUCAUUCUGUGGCCAACCUGUCCCAGGCUGAGGAGGCGGUUCAGCAUGGAGCCUCCUUCAUCACUCACCUCUUCAACGCCAUGCUGCCUGUGAGUCCCAGCUAAACCCUCAGACCUUCCAUCUAAUGACCAUGUUUUCAUAUAGUCAGUUCAACAAGAUUUAGCACUUCACUGUGACUGUACCACAACUUUGAAACAAUACUGGAAACUAUUUUGUAAGCUUAUGGGUGAAUGAAGCCAAGUGCUCCAAACACAAGGGGGACAGGGACAUCUGGUGGCUUGAAAAAUAUAUGGCAGUCCUGUUAGUGUCUGUCUGGGAGCCACUGCAACACAUUUACUAAUACUUAUAGUCUAAUGUGUGAGAAAUUAAAAGGAGCCUGACCUUUAUGAAAUAUCACUCUUCUGAUGGAACCAUUUAAACAUUAUUGGUGCAGUUUUUUACAACCCUAGUUCCAAUGGAGUCGGGCAUUGUGUAAAAUGUUGAUAAAACCAAAAACACUAAUAGUUUGCAAAUAAUUUAAAACCCAUAUUUGACUGAAAAAUGUGCAAAAUGUUAAAACUAAAAGCUGUCAAAAUUGCUAUUUUAAAUUUGAUGUCAGCAGCACAUUUCACAUCAAUUGUUGGGGGGGAAACAAAACCCUAAAAAAGUUAAACCCUGGAGAAAUAUCUCCAAGUUUUUAUUCCAUUGUACUUGAGACAGGAUAGUAACAUAACUAUGUUUGGAAAAAGGCUUCUCGAGACUCUGAGAUGGGAAGAGUUUCACUACUCUGUGACAGACUGGGUGAGAAAAUAGUUGAGCAAUUCCAGAUCAAUGUUCCUGAGUGUAAAAAAGCCAAGUAUCUAAGGAUUGACUACAGUACACAAAAUCACUAAAAGAUUUCUUGAAUGUGAAGAAAUCUCGUUCCAAAAAGAGACAGACGUGGCUUUGUUGUGGAAAUCAUCACAUGGGAUCAAAUAUCUUCCAUUGUCUGUGAACACAGUUUAUUGAUGCAUCCACAGUGCAAGUUUAUACUGUUGCAUUUAAAUAGGAAAUCCCACAUAAUAUAAAUAUUAUCUGGAAAAACCAACAGCUCUCUCUGGGCUGGAGGGCUCAUGAAAGACAUACUGAGGCAAAAUGGAAAACUGUUCAAGAGUUCAAAAGAAAACAUCCUUCAUGGUAUGUGGAUGUACAAGUGCCCUUGACAGGGAUCGUUUACAAAUCUGAGAUGUCACUAGUAAUACCAAACAAUGCAUACAGUUUUGGAGCGGCACAUUCAAGUGCUUAACCGGUCAGCCUGCAUUCCUGACUUAUCAGCUAUUGAAAUCAUUUUGUGCAUCAUGACACAAAAGUAUGACAAAGGAAACCUUAGACCGCCUGUGUAAGGCAAUCAAUAGACAUUUCAUGUUGAAAACUCCAGAAACAGGUCUUCACAGGUCUUCUUUAUCAAACUGGUCUAACAAGUCAAUUGUACCAGUCAACAUGGCUGAAUUAGAUGCAGAACUCUAUUUGCCUAUAUUAUUAUUUUAAGAUUGAUUCUCCUUACGAUAAGAGCCGCAUACCGCUGGCUAACACAGUGUUUUUUCUUUCUGUCAUGUUUGCAGACUGCAUGUCCACAGUUAUUACAAGCACAGGUUUCUUUUUGACCUUCUGGUUUCAAUGCUGUUUCAAUGUGAUCUAGUUCCAUCACCGUGACCCUGGCAUCGUGGGUCUCCUCACCAGUGAUCAGGUUCCUGCAGGCAGGACGGUCUACUAUGGAAUGAUAGCAGACGGGAUCCACACGAAUCCUGCUGCCCUCCGCAUCGCCCACAGAGCGCACCCUUCUGGUCAGUAUAAAAACUAAAGUACAAAAGUGUUACCUUAAAAAUGCUCUUCAGAAAUCAAACUAAAUGUUGUAAAUGUAGUGUAGAUCAAUAAUGUUUAUGCAAAGACAUAUUUAGAGAUUCUUAUUGGACACAACCUGAGUGUUAAAAUAAAAAAACAGGAGGUAAAUGCAAAGGUUUAACACCUGUGGAAAAAAAAGAAUAGAUCAGCAAGAUCAUUAAAACAACACAACUUAGAAUGUAAAACAUACACUUAAUUUCCUUUAUUUAUGUAAAGCAGGAUAUUCUUGGGGUAUUUCUGGUUUAGUUAAAUAUACAGUUUUAUGCUAAUUUACUUGUAUUUGUCCUUGAGGAUCAACCUGCAGCUCCAAAAACUUUCAUUUGUCUGUCACUAGUCAUGAACAAGAUUUCAGUGAGUUUUGUUGUUUAUACAGCUGGUGUUCCCAGCUGAAGACACUUCAUCACAGCUCAGUACACCCAGUUAGCCAUCAUUAGUUAGAGUAACAGCUGGUAUCUUCUCCCUUCAAGUUUUUCUCCGGGUGUUUAGGGAGGCCAUAAAAAUAGAACAGCAUGUAUCUUUCGCUCUCCACAGCCUCCUUCAACGUCUGUCCCUGCUGGAUAAUACAUGAUGAAGCAGAAUUUCUGCUGUCUGCAGAUUCUGCUGUUUUUAAAGAGAUGUAGGAAACAGAAAAUCACUGCCAAGAUCGAAAGAAAUACAACAUCAUCUGCUGAGCAGCUGCAUGGAUAGCCAAAGCAAAUAUUCUCAUAUUUAAUAUUACGACCGUUAUAUACAUACAGAUUGUAUUGAAAUGUGGUGCACACAUUCAUGCUCCCCUGACGAUGGAUUACAAUAACAAAUGUACCUCUGACCUUUAAUCUUGCAUAAUCAUUACAUUGUUUCUGAUUCUUUGGUUAGGACAAAACGUAUGCUGAGCUCAUGACAGCAAGGGUUCAAGAGUAAGGCUAAGAAUGAAAACAAACUACUAAAUAUAACCAAACACACUUAGUUUUUUUUUAUAUUUAUGAAACGCACUGAAACUCAUAUUGAUGCUUUUUUAUGAUGUCUUAAAUGCAAAUAAGACCAUUGAGAGAUGUGUUUUACAUCAUUAUUUUAAAAUCUAAAGCUGGGGGUGGGUGUCAGCUGAACAAAUGAAGAAACAGACUUUUUUCCCAAAAAAUGAUCAAUUUGACCAUCAAAAGUAAGUGGGAUGAGAUUUUUAACCUGAAGGCACUACUUAAAAAUAUAGCAGUCAAGCUAAGCAAUGACUUUUUUGUCCACAGGGAGCGCUAUAUAUUGAGUCAAGUUGAAAUUUUCUAAGAGAAGCUUUAAAGAUAUAAGCUUAAUUUAAUAAGCUUUAUUUAUUUUUCUAAAGUAGAUUAAACUUGAACACAAAACCAUAUUCAAAGCUCCUCUGAGGAACUUUUAGUUUGCGUUAAUUUUGGUGCCCCCCUGUGGACAUAUGAGGUUCUUGCUUAUUUUAUCUUAAAUAGUGUCAGCCUAACUUUGACAGUAAAAUAUUAAUAUUAAUAAUAAUUGGUUGUCAAUAUUUAUGAGAAAAAUGUAAAAACUGUUUUUUUUCUUAAAUAGCUUGGCUACUGUUUGCCGUUGUGUAAUAUAAAAAGGCACUAACUUGAAUUUUAUUAUUUUUUAUGAAUGUCAAAAAACUCUACAGGAGCUUUAAUUCAUCACUGAGUUUGAUUUUAUUUCAGAUCAGCAGCAUUGUGUCUCAAUAUUGAAACAUCUUGAACUGUAACCUCUGCGACAGAGAGUCUGUUUCACUAAGAGUUUUCACCUGGACAUCAUGUUUGUGUGCCCUUGUAGGUUUGGUGUUGGUGACAGAUGCAAUCACAGCGAUGGGUCUCCCUCCAGGUCGCCACACUCUGGGCCAGCAGGUCAUAGAGAUCCAGGGUCUGCAUGCGUAUGUGGCAGGUCUGUGUUUUUAAUUAAACUCCAUCAUUGUGAGAACAGUGAAAACUGUUCAUAUCAGUUAGUCUCCUUCUGCACUUAACUAGACAUUUGCUGUGUCGUCUUUAAGGCACCAAAACGCUCUGUGGAAGCAUAGCCACCAUGGAUAUGUGUAUACGGCACUUUAAACAGGCUUCAGGUGAGUUUGGGAUUUACGAUUUCUUGGUGAUAGUUUAUUAUUGAAGCUUUUAACAUCCUCUCUUCUACCCUAAUGGCCAGAUACAAAUUCAUAUAAAACCAAAACCAUUCUGAAAGGUAUUAGAAGCUUGGUACUUAUUUUUUAAUCCUUUUUGGUGUCAUCUAGGACAGCGUUUUAGGCAUUCUGAUAAUGAGGUUCCCAGUAAGCUUGAGGAUUUUCUCAGCAUUUUAGAUUUAUUACUUCCUGGGAGAAUCCAUAGGUUUCCAAGGAAAGCUGAGAUCUUAUUGACAAAAAAUGAUAAAAUAUAUGCACCAUUUCUAAGCAUUUUCACAGCAACAAAGGGACUGCAUAAAGAAAUGGAUAGACACACUGACACGAUAAAACGUGAGGGUUUAUAUUUGUGCUGUGGCCUUUUUGUUGGCCUGAAAUGAACCAAUCUAGACAAGAGGCUGGGGCUCAAGAAGAGCGAUUGGGCAGAAAUUUCUAUGACUUCUAUGAAUUCAGGCAUUUUGAGGAUUACCCACAGACCGUGUGUGUUGUGUCUCCCCUGGGUUUUUAAAAGUAAAGCCAAUACAGAGGCUGAAUUAUUCCAACACCGGCUUCACUAAAUGCAGAAGAAAUUGAGAUUGUAUGGAAACUACUGCGAAAAUGAAUAAAUUAUCAUUAGAUAUAUGACCUCAAUUAUCAUUUCUGUAAUGAGUUCAUGAUCUUAGAUUCCUAGUUUGAAGCUUUCUUGAAUGUGAAAGUGAAGGACGUACCACAGAGGUAAGGGGUUUGGUCUGGGAUGGGGGAUGAUUGAUAAGGUGUUAUCUCCAACAAUAGUCAGAGUAGAGAUGUAACAAGGCAUGUCCCCUCUAAAAAAUAUCUGUACCUUUUCAAAAAUGAAGAAAGGACCAAGAACAUGUUAACAGCAACGCAGAAUUUCUUCCUUGCAAAACUGUAGCUCUGAAACCAGCCGACUUCCAGGGAUUUCCUAUAUAGGCUACAUUAUAUAUUUAUCACAUACUUCUAUUGGAGUUAGCGUCAAGUGGCCAUUCCAUGAACCACUCUCCAGCCCUUCAAGUUGUUGCAAUAGGCUGUAAAAAUCAUGGAUGUAAUCGAAGUGACGUCAUCUUCUGGUUUCUAUAAAAAAAAAGAAAGAUGUACUGAUCCCAAACAUGGCUGCUACCAUUUUGGAAAUCAACACAUUUACAUGUUUAUUGGGUUAGUCCAACUGAUACUGAACUUUCAGAAAACAUGCCUACUCCUUGGCCACAUAAGACCAAAGAGUUGAGGCAACAUACCUAGACAUUGCUCUGGGAAUAAAAACAGGCUUAAGCAUUCUUUACAUGCUCCACAGUUUGCAUGUUUUGUGCAUGGGCUUUGUCCCAGGAGUUGAAUUGCAUAAAUACGUUGCAAGAAAGUCGGGUAAUAAACAAAACCUUGACAGAAGAAGAGAGGACAAAAGAGCCAUACUGUCCUAUCAUGCAUACAAAAGGUUUAGCGAUUGUUUAGUUCUGUGACUUUGCAGGCCAAGUGGGAGACAACCCAGUAGAAACAAGCUUGAAGAGGGCAUAUCACCACAGACUAACUAACGUUAAUAAAUCAAACUAUCCGCUGCUUGUAAACUACGACAAGCGCAUCAAUCCACUCCACUUAACUGUCUGUGUUUACGCAAGCAAACUGCAGCAAUGUACCUGCCUGUCUGUCAAGCAAGUUUUACCCCUAGUUAUGCAAAACAUGCAAAAUUGCUUAGGGGUUGAACAAAUAAUGAAGAGAGACAUGAGCCAUUGAUAUCAAAAGUAGUUUCUGUACCAAUAAUAGGGGUUUUAUUCUGAUGUAAAAAUGUGCAUUUAUUUGUUGGCAACAACAGGGUUUACAACCUUAAGUGGACCCAUGAGGAUCUGCAGUUCUUCUGCACCUUAGCCUUGGCUUUAUUUUUCCCACUGGAGGUUGCUGUUUGGUUUAAAAGGUUAUGUCCAUAGACUGUAUGUGGUCUCAGUGUCGUUACCCAUUGGUUUCUAAAGGGGCUGUUGAAGAAGUUUCCAUGUUUUUUGAAGGAACACUUGAUGAACCGCAGCUGCCUUCAUUUCCCAUUAUCUUAAUUUUUAAAGUAGCUGCUUUGUAGUGCCUUUUAUUUGGGGAAUCAGCCUCAGACUUCUAUGUGGCACAUGCAACACAAAUCCCAGAUUCCUCAAGAAAAUUGCAUAUUCUCAACCUGAGGUUCUAUUCAGCUGUACACAACUCCACAACUUGUCACAAUGCCUUUUUCAUGUUUUUGGAUGUUUACAGGCUGCAGUGUUGAGGAGGCUCUGGAAGCUGCCUCACUUCAUCCAGCUCAACUCUUGGGUAUUAGCAACAGGAAGGGAAACCUUGACUACGGUUCAGAUGCAGGUCAGGAUUUACAGCCAGAAGGAUCAUUGUCUCUACAGUGUUUCUAAAGUCCUUCCAGUCAGAUAUUUGAAAUUUGUGUUGUACUUUUGCAGAUCUCGUUUUGCUUGAUGAUGCCCUCAAUGUCAAAGCCACCUAUAUUUUAGGAGAGGAGGUUUGGAGGAAAGGACCAUAA